CGCCGACGCACCGCGUCGCCCCGCCACGCCCCCCCUCUCCUGCUCCGGCGCGGGGAAGCCAGGCGAGAUCUGGUGGGGGAUCUGGGAUGGAGGCCAGCGCCGGGCUGGUGGCCGGCUCGCACAACCGCAACGAGCUCGUCGUCAUCCGCCGCGACGGGGAGCCUGGGCCGAGGCAGCUGAAGCAGCAGACCCGCCGCGCCUGCCAGAUUUGCGGGGACGACGUGGGGCUCACCCCGGACGGCGAGCCCUUCGUCGCCUGCAACGAGUGCGCCUUCCCCGUCUGCCGCGACUGCUACGAGUACGAGCGCCGCGAGGGCACGCAGAACUGCCCGCAGUGCAAGACGCGCUUCAAGCGGCUCAAGGGCUGCGCGCGCGUGCCCGGGGAUGAGGAGGAGGAGGGCGCCGACGACCUGGAGGACGAGUUCAACUGGAGGGACAGGGACGACUCGCAGUACGCCGCCGAGUCCAUGCUCCACGCGCACAUGACCUACGGCCGCGGCGGGGACAUCGAUCCGCAGCCGUUCCAGCCAAACCCCAAUGUUCCGCUCCUCACCAACGGCCAGAUGGUCGACGACAUCCCGCCGGAGCAGCACGCCCUUGUGCCCUCCUUCGUCGGCGGCGGGGGAAAGCGGAUCCACCCGCUCCCUUAUGCUGAUCCAAGCCUACCUGUGCAACCGAGAUCCAUGGACCCGUCCAAGGAUCUCGCCGCGUACGGCUACGGCAGCGUCGCCUGGAAGGAGAGGAUGGAGAGCUGGAAGCAGAAGCAGGACAGGCUGCAUCAGUCCAGGAACGACGGCAGCGGCAAAGACUGGGACGGCGACGGCGACGACGGAGAUCUGCCGCUAAUGGAUGAAGCUAGGCAGCCCUUGUCCAGGAAGGUUCCCAUUCCUUCAAGCCAGAUCAAUCCCUACAGGAUGAUCAUCGUCAUCCGGCUGGUGGUUCUGUGCCUCUUCUUCCACUACCGUGUGAUGCAUCCGGUGAAUGAUGCUUUUGUUCUGUGGCUCAUUUCUGUAAUAUGUGAGAUAUGGUUUGCCACUUCUUGGAUUCUUGAUCAGUUCCCAAAAUGGCUUCCUAUUGAGAGGGAGACCUACCUUGACCGCUUGUCAUUGAGGUUCGACAAGGAAGGCCAGCCAUCGCAGCUUGCCCCAGUUGACUUCUUUGUCAGUACGGUCGAUCCUGCAAAGGAGCCUCCGUUGGUCACAGCAAAUACUAUUCUAUCGAUCCUUGCGGUAGAUUAUCCGGUUGAUAAGAUCUCUUGCUAUGUUUCUGAUGAUGGUGCCGCCAUGCUGACAUUCGAAGGAUUGUCUGAAACAUCUGAAUUUGCAAAGAAAUGGGUCCCUUUCUGUAAGAAGUAUAGCAUCGAGCCUCGUGCUCCAGAGUGGUACUUCCAACAGAAGAUUGACUACCUGAAAGAUAAGGUGGCACCGAACUUUGUCAGGGACAGGAGAGCAAUGAAGAGAGAGUAUGAGGAAUUCAAGGUACGGAUCAAUGCCUUGGUUGCUAAAGCCCAGAAGGUUCCCGAGGAAGGAUGGACCAUGCAGGAUGGAACUCCCUGGCCUGGAAACAAUGUCCGCGAUCAUCCUGGAAUGAUUCAGGUCUUCCUUGGCCAAAGUGGUGGCCUUGACGUAGAAGGAAAUGAGCUGCCUCGGCUGGUUUAUGUUUCAAGAGAAAAACGGCCAGGCUACAACCAUCACAAGAAGGCUGGUGCUAUGAACGCAUUGGUCCGGGUGUCUGCUGUGCUAACCAAUGCUCCGUAUAUGCUGAAUUUGGAUUGUGAUCACUAUGUUAACAACAGCAAGGCAGUAAAGGAAGCUAUGUGUUUCAUGAUGGAUCCUUUGGUAGGAAAGAAAUGCUGUUAUGUGCAGUUCCCGCAAAGAUUCGAUUCCAUUGAUCGUCAUGAUCGAUAUGCGAACAAGAAUGUUGUCUUCUUUGAUAUCAACAUGAAAGGUUUGGAUGGUAUUCAAGGCCCCAUCUAUGUUGGCACUGGAUGUUGCUUUAGAAGGCAGGCGUUGUAUGGUUAUGAUGCCCCCAAAACAAAGAAGCCACCGUCCAGGACUUGCAACUGCUGGCCAAAGUGGUGUGUUUGCUGCUUCUGCUUUGGUAACAGGAAGACCAAGAAGAAGGUUACGAAGCCCAAGGCAGAGAAGAAAAGGAGGCUGUUUUUCAAGAAAGAAGAAAACCAAUCACCUGCAUAUGCGCUUAGUGAAAUUGACGAAGCUGCCGCAGGAGCUGAUACUCAAAAGGCUGGCAUUGUAAAUCAAGUGAAGUUAGAAAAGAAAUUUGGGCAGUCCUCUGUUUUUGUUGCAUCCACUCUUCUUGAGAAUGGUGGAACCCUGAGGAGUGCAAGUCCAGCUUCUCUUCUGAAGGAAGCUAUUCAUGUCAUCGGUUGUGGCUAUGAAGACAAGACAGACUGGGGAAAAGAGAUUGGCUGGAUCUAUGGAUCAGUUACAGAGGACAUUCUUACUGGGUUUAAGAUGCAUUGCCAUGGUUGGCGGUCAAUCUACUGCAUACCUAAGCGUCCCGCGUUCAAAGGUUCUGCGCCUCUCAAUCUUUCAGAUCGUCUUAACCAGGUUCUUCGGUGGGCUCUUGGUUCUAUUGAAAUCUUCUUUAGCAACCAUUGCCCACUUUGGUAUGGGUAUGGUGGUGGACUGAAGUUCUUGGAAAGAUUUUCCUACAUCAACUCCAUCGUCUAUCCUUGGACCUCCAUUCCACUUUUGGCCUACUGUACAUUGCCUGCCAUCUGCUUGUUGACGGGAAAGUUUAUCACUCCAGAGCUUAGCAACCUUGCCAGCAUCUGGUACAUGUCGCUUUUCGUCUGCAUUUUUGCUACGGGCAUUCUGGAGAUGAGAUGGGCUCGUGUAGCGGUCGAUGACUGGUGGAGAAACGAGCAGUUCUGGGUUAUUGGUGGUGUCUCUGCCCAUCUCUUCGCUGUGUUCCAAGGACUUCUCAAGGUGAUUGCUGGUGUGGACACGAGCUUCACUGUCACAACAAAGGCUGGAGACGACGAGGAGUUCUCGGAGCUUUACACAUUCAAAUGGACAACCCUGCUGAUUCCUCCGACCACCCUGCUUCUUCUGAACUUCAUCGGUGUGGUCGCCGGCAUCUCCAACGCCAUCAACAACGGAUACGAGUCAUGGGGGCCACUCUUCGGGAAGCUCUUCUUCGCGUUCUGGGUGAUUGUCCAUCUCUACCCCUUCCUCAAGGGUCUUCUUGGGAGGCAGAACAGGACACCGACGAUCGUCAUCGUCUGGUCCAUCCUCCUGGCAUCUAUCAUGUCGCUCCUGUGGGUGCGUGUCAACCCCUUCCUCGCCAAGAGCGACGGCCCGACCCUGGAGGAGUGCGGGCUGGACUGCGCCUAGGAGAUAUAUCAUGGUUCAGCAAAUGUGAAUUCCCCCCACCCAGUGCGUGUGUGUGUGCGCCCAAAGGAGUAUUUUUGCAGGUGUUUCUGUGCCCAUAAUUUAUUUUUUCGUCUCCCCAGAAAUGUAGAUAGAAAACAUGUCAACAAGUGUCACGUUCGUUUUGUUCCCAUGGUGGUAGCUGGGCCUCAUACUUAUGCAAUAUUGGGCAGACGGGAGGCAGUGGCAACCUUGUGCAGUUCGGCCACGAGAAAAACAAAUACAAUCAGAUUCUGUGUAUUUUCAGCAUUCUUUAUUUGUUUAAUGGACAAAUGUAUCUUUGAGUGAA